AUGUCAGAGAAGGAUGGUUGGCUUUCUGCUGUCAGCAAAUUAUUUUCUAGCGGUCAGCGUCCCUCCAACGCUUCUCCAGAAAGAAGGUGUUUCGAGAUGCAGGAACCUCCGGAGGAAUGCGCUGUUCCUAAGAAAGACAUUAUCUCAUCGAAUGGAAGCCCAUCGUAUGGUUCAGGUUCAAAACGAGGGCUUCGGUAUCUUAGUCCCUCUGUGUUAGACAGCAGCAUUUCCAAGCCAAGUGUGUCCAAACCUAUUCCAACCGAAGACAUUUUUACUGGCUCUAAAACUCCAUCGCGCAAAAGAUUGCUAGCACAAGAUGAGCGUCCCGCUACGGCGAUGGAUGGGCUGUUCUUCCGUGAUAAUCCUAAAAGAUUCCGAAGGGAACACCUUGGUCACAGUAUGCUCGAGGAUUUAUCGUCGCGUGUGUUUUCGGAUCAUUUUGACUCUCCAUGGCUGGAUAGAACUAUUGGAGGUUCUUCUUCAUGCGUAGAUUUUACGCAUUCUCCAAGCUCUUCAAAUCGAUCAUUGAUUGGGCGAAUUGGCAGCAACCGAAGCAAUUCUUCCAGCCUCAGCUCUAAAACAAAAGCUAUACUCAGUCAUCUCGAACGAAUAAAUACCCCUGCUCGUGCAACUCGUAAACUGCCGGUUAUGCGUGGUUCAACAGUGCCAUCAGAACGCUGGGCGCCGUUGCACAUCGGAGUUGCUCCUCCUUUAAUUCGAUCAAGUGCUACGGUGCCAUCACGUAUUCAGCUUCUGUCUACAUCCCUUGCUUCUCAACGAAAGCCGUACUGGCGUGACAUAACGAGAAAGGGACAAGAGAAGGAGAAAAGUUCAGCCAGAAAAGACGUUGGCGAACCUUCUAAGGAGACAUCAGUUCCUGUUGUGCAUCCAUUGUUUGAUUUGGAAUAUGGUACUGCUAAUGCGGUAUCCAGUGUAUCUACGAAAAGAGGACAGGAACAGAGCACUUCUGCUUCAUUGGUUAAAGUGCAAAAACAAACAGAAAAAAACAAGGAUGAAAGGAAAGAGAAAUCUAACGUAUUCAACGCAUGUGAGCUCAUUGACGAGGAAAUGGAUGGUGUUGACAACGACGACUCAGACGAGCUAACAUUCGCCCCACCGACGAAGGCUACACCAUCUGUGGGCGCUACGGAUGACGUGUCCUUUUCAUUUGCUGCUCCUAUUGAGCGGUUACCUGGACAAAAUGUUAGCUCUCAUGCGAUGGUCGGCGAGAAAAGUGGAAGCGAGUCGGACGGAGAAGAGAGUAACUGUGGCGAAUCGGCUGGUGAUCAGAGUAGUUCGACAUCCGAUGAGGAGGAACUUCCUUCUUCCGCUAAAGAUGUGAAGACUUCGCGCCCACCCACUGCGGCUGACAGUGAAACUUCUGCUGCCAUUUCAUCGAGCAUUACCCCGGUGUCAUCAAAGGACGUCUCACCGCAAACAAAGCCGGAAUCUUCAUGGGAAUGCCCAGAUUGCUUCAUCACAAAUAAGAACGUACUAGUUUGCGCUGCGUGUGGACACAAUAAAGAUGGAUCAAAAACCACAAAAACUCUGGUCUCCAACAUAUCUACAUUUGGAAAGUCUGUGCCUACCACAGGAAUCCAGUUUGGGAUAUCAGCAGAAAAGAUGUCAAAUGGUGGUUUCGACCAACCUAGUGGCACAAAACCAAGUGAUGCGGCUCCUGCAAAAGCGUCUGCUCCUACGUUUGGUAGUACAGAACCUGCGGCCACUAGUGUUGCAAAGACGACGGAUACAGGUUCCGUUUCCAUCACUUCGCAGCAGCAAUCUGCUACCAUCUCAUCAACAGAUACCUCGAAGACGCAGGAACCAAACAAGGAGCGUGCAGCAUGGGAGUGCCCAGAUUGUAUGGUACAAAAUAAGGCGACAGACGACAAAUGUGUUUGCUGCGGACACGUGAAGUACAAGUCUGGCUCCGAAGAGUCGUCUGCUUCCAGCGUGUUUGGCAACCGUGCUUUCAAGCCUGCUCCAUCAUCAGGAUUUUCAUUUGGAUUUGGCGCCGGAUCGAAUGCAACGACCACUGCACCGGUCAAAUUCGGUUUCGGAACUAACACGACUAAGGAAAACAGCGAAGUGAAGGCGAGUACUGGAAUAACUUCCGCAGCUCCAGCAAUUGCAGUUGAUAGCAAACCCGCUAGUGUUAUUUCUACGCAACCUGUGAAGGAAACUCAACCUGCGCUACUGAAGACAACAUCUUCUCCUGCUUUUCUCACACCAGUGUCGAAAACGGAGGAGCCUAAGGCUCAGACACCUGCAUUUACCUUAGGUGCCGGAUCGUCGUUGUUUGGUGCAGGGGCGAAGCCACCAUUGUUUGGUUCAUCAUCGACGUCAAUGUUCAGUGCGUCGUCCUCCACCGGCUCGCUACUUCCUUUUUCUUCAACAACCCAGGCACCUACGUCUCAAACACCAGCAGUCACUGCCUCGGAGGCUGCCUCUACGACAACUUCAGCAGCGUUCACGUUUGGUGCUACGUCUGCAACAAAUGCUCCGAAACCCUUUGGGUUGUUUGAGCCGAAGAAAGACGAUACAACACUCUCUAGUAAAGCACCCACCUUUGGAAGUGGGUUAGUGUUCGGAUCUGUAUCAAAUCCGCAAACCCAAGUUUCCUCCAGCGGUACCACUGCCGUAAGCUCGAGCACUGAAAUAUCAGCUGGUGCAUCGUCGACAUUGAGUGCUGGACUUUUCGGUGCUAUGCCUAACAAGCCACUGUUCCCACCGUUUGGAACUUCUGUGGAAGCGCCGAAACCUUUGUUUGGUGCCUCUAGCAGCUCUGUAACAGAGCCCCCGAAGCCAUCACUUUUUGGCGCUAGCCAAGUAUCUUCGCCUCCAGAGGCUACCAAACCAUCACUGUUUGGUGCUUCCGCGUCUGCUCCUGCCAGCAAGCCACUUUUUGGUGGUAUGCCCGCUGCCCCCGCUGCUAACGGUGGCCUCAACUUCAAUUUUGGAACAAACAACGCGUUCAGUGGUUUUGGUGCAGCUGCUUCUUCCACAUCUGCUGCAGCUCCGUCGCUGUCUUCUAAUUCAUCGACCACAUCGUUGUUUGGUGGUGCCCAGACAGCUCCUGAUACAUCCAAGCCAUUCCAAUUCAAUGCCACUCUUCCUGAUACUACGUUCCAGUUUGGGCAGGCUCCUCUCGCAGGUCCAGCUCCGUUCCAGUUUGGUUCUUCUCAACCCUCUGCACCUGCAGCGUCGUCUUUCGGAGCAACGGGUAUCGCAGCGCCAGCAGCACCGAGCUCUAAUUUCGCGUUCACGUCAAGUAGCACGCGAAAAAUGGUGGCUGCUCGGCGACGUCUGCCGCAACGGAAGUGA